AUGUCGUCAGACCGCAGCAGCAAGCGACGCCGCACGACGCCGCCCACCGCGACUCCGCUGCCCACCGCGACUCCGCUGCCCACCGCGACUCCGCUGCCCACCGGCGGCGCAGUGGUCCAUGGAUUUGACCUUGGCGCGCUCAUCCUUCCGGAGGAGCAAGGCAGCACCAGCUUCGAAGACGCGGUGCCGGAAUCGGUAGCGCACUUCAUGAGGGACGCAAUCAAAACACACGGCAUGCUGAUUAUCCGAGGCCAGCGGCCGAGCGAGGAGCGCGCGAGAGAGCUGGUGGCCUUUGCGAGCCAGUUUGCGGCGCCGGGCGCGCUCUUCGAUCCGGUCCGCGCCAUCCAGUUUGAAGUGGACGGCGGUGGCCAGCCGGGCUUGCCAAUGGUGCGGGCGUUGGGAACGGUCAAAGACUCGAUGCUGUGCCGGAUGGGAUACGAGUGGCACGUCGACGCGUCGGAUCUGACCAUCCUGUACUGCGAGACUGCACCGGCCGCCGGCGCCGAGACCCUCUUCGCCAACGCGAUCGAGAUGCACGAGGCGCUCUCGCCAGAGCAACAGGCGCUCGCCGAGUCGCUUCGCGUGGUCUACUCGGCGCGGUAUUCGGCGGGCGGGCCGGCGUGGCUGGACGCCGAGUGCGGCCUGCGCAUGAACGCGACAGGCACGCGCCUCGCUCGGCCCGCUCUGCGGCGCAAGCCGACGUGGGAGCUCGGCGCCUCGCAGCCGGUCCCCGCCGCGAUCGACGUGCACGGCCGACGCGCCCUGCAGCUCUCGCCAAAGAAUUUGGACCACUUCGUGGGCUACGAGCACGAGGCGAGCCAGCGAAUCGCCCACGAGCUGCUGUCGGCGGGCUUGGGCGCGCCGGUGAGCGUCGCGCCUCUCGAUCCGGACUCGCUGCUGCCCACUCGCCCGACCGAGUUUGGCCCGCGCGUCUAUGCGCAUCAGUGGGAGGCGGGCGACCUCAUCGUGUGGGACAAUGGCUACUUUGCGCACUCGACGACGCCGGUCGAGUUUUACCGCGGGGAGCGCAAGAUUCUGCAGAUCAUGUUCUCGGGCGAGCGCGCGGGCGUCGCUGGAGGCUCCGGAAGGCUGAUGAACCCGGGAGGCGGACAGGGCACCGCGCAAGGCGAAGAAGACGCGCGCUUGGCGCAGGCGCUUAGCGGGGUCCGGUCGGGGUUGCCGUCCACGAGAGACCAGGCGGAAGAGGCGCAGAAAACGUAG